GAAAUUGAGAGGCUGAAAAGACCAAGUAAUUAAAGCUAACAGUGAGAGUUUCUUCUGAAAAUAAUUGAAACUGGUGUAAAACUCUGACAAUAACGUAUAUUUUUUAUACAUAUAUUUACAUAAGCAUGUUGUCCAAUAAUUUAGCAAGACUUGUAUAAGCAAAGAAAACCUCAAAAUCUUUCAGAAAAGACUCAAGAGAUCUAGAGAGAAGAGGAUUUAGAUACACAGAAGAGAGAGAGAUGGGAAGAGCCCCAUGUUGUGUUAAGGCUAACGUGAAGAAGGGACCAUGGUCACCUGAAGAAGAUGCAAAGCUAAAGGACUACAUGGAGAACCAUGGAACUGGAGGAAAUUGGAUUGCUCUCCCACAAAAAGCUGGGCUCAAAAGAUGUGGAAAAAGUUGCAGACUGAGAUGGCUUAACUAUCUUAGACCAAACCUUAAGCAUGGAGAAUUCUCUGAAGAUGAAGAUAGAAUUAUUUGCAGCCUCUUUACCAGCAUUGGUAGCAGAUGGUCAAUUAUAGCAGCUCAUUUACCAGGAAGAACUGACAAUGAUAUAAAAAACUACUGGAACACCAAGCUCAAGAAGAAACUCCUGGAAUUGGCUCCAUUUGCUCAUCUGAAAAGGCCUCAUCAUGGUGCAAUUUAUCCAGCAACAGCUAAUUCCUUUCUUCAAAAUUCGUCACUUCAGCUACAGAUAUCAGCAUAUCACUCUACAAACAAAAACUAUUAUACCACUACUCCAGCUAGGGUAUUUACUGGAGGAUAUGAAUCCAUGUCCAAUAUCCCAUCAAAUCUCCUGGAAUAUGCCACCAGUUUCACCACUUGUUCUUCAAAUUCUAGUACUCCUACAGUGUUUCAAGUACAAGAAGGACAAGGGGCAGGACCUGCACAAAAUUAUCAAUUCAAAGAGAAUUACGACAGUUUUCUCAUCUUUGGAAACGAAGCUAGCUCCAGUUCCUCUGAUGGAAGUGGGAUUGAUGAAGAUUUUGGUUUGCUAAGCUAUUUUGGAAGUGGGGUUAAUGAAAAUCAGAAGCUUACUUUUCCUGCUAAUGGAUAUGCUGAUGAUAGCAAGGCAACAAAUGGGUGUUUUCCUGAAAAUCCAUUAGAUAACAGCAUUGAGGAGAUUAAGCAGUUGAUUAGCGCUAAUAACGUCUGCAAUAAUCUCAAUUAUUCUGGGGAGGAAAUCAAGACAGAAGAACAAGUCUUGUACUACUGAUCAUAAUUGAUUCUGAUUGAAUCAGAAGAAAUUCAAGAGUAGAGUCCUGUUCAUCAGUACUUGAAGAUUCAUGCAAUUAGAGGGCUUUGUGGAUUUUUAUGUAAAAACACCUUUUUGAAAGUACAUGGUCAAAGUUUCCUUUCUGCAUUUCUUUUUGGGAACUUUGAGACUGUCUUAACUGCAUACCUUUGGAGAUAAAUGUCAUGGAGCACUUAUUCCUGAAAUCAAGAACCAACUUUCAAUGCAUUAUUAUUUUAAUUUAAUUUUUUAA